CUGCUUUUCGCUUUUAGUAAUGUCAGGGCGUGGGAAACAGGGUGGUAAGGCUCGCGCCAAGGCCAAGACCCGCUCCUCGCGGGCAGGGCUCCAGUUUCCAGUGGGCCGAGUGCACCGCCUGCUGCGCAAGGGCAAUUACUCGGAGCGGGUUGGGGCCGGCGCGCCGGUGUAUCUGGCGGCGGUGCUGGAGUACCUGACGGCCGAGAUCCUGGAGCUGGCGGGCAAC